AUGGCCCAGUCAUCAACCCUAGCUCGGCCUCGCCGUGCUCCUCGAGUCCGGUAUCCGAACGACGAUAGCGACACCGAUGACCUCCCUGAGUUCACUCUCAAUCCUCGUCCGAGCCGAGCUGCCCGUCGGAUACAGACAUACAGAGAAUCGAGUGAGGACGAUAACGAUGACCGCUUAGACCUUUCUUCGGAUGAAUCAGACUCUCAGUCGUCCUCCGACCAAUCGAGCGUUCAACCUCAAAGAGGCGCGAGAUCCCAACUACCUACACAGAGGCAGUCAUGGCCACCAAAAAGAAAAGCAGAGGCGCAGCGCUUGCUCAAAACGAACAAGCGACAAAAAACUUCAUCUGCAAACAAGAAGCAGAGCCAAAUGAAUGCGAAAGGCGUAACAAAAACGUACAGACAACAAAAGCCUUCAUCUUCCACCAACAGCCGAAGCCAGAUGAAUGCGAAAGGCGUAACAAAAACGUACAGGCAACAAAAGUCUUCAUCUUCCGCCAACCACCGGAGCCAGAUGAAUGCGAAGCGCUCUGUUGACCUUCCGUUUGCAUUCAACACCGCCCGAAUUCCUCCGUGGCAACAACUUCCGUACCAUGUACUCGUGAGCAUCAUGCAAUAUGCUGCCUAUCCACUCUACGGUCCGACGUCGCGAGCACAGCCCUCGAUCAACUGGCUGUGUGAAGUGGGAACCCUGUGUCGCACCUUUCACGAAGCCUGCACGGCAGCUUUACUCUACAGCCCUCCUCUGUACCCUUCAUGGCGAGCCCACUGUCUCAUGGGGUUGCUCGCACAACCUCCCGAGGAACUUUCGACGGAUUAUCGCAGAAAGAUCCAUUUCCUCGACAUUGAGGUCAAGCAACUCCUUGUCAGGACGAGUGGCAUCUCGAUGGAUAGGUUGAUUUCUAUGACCCCUCAGCUGCAAGGGCUAAGACUCUACUCCAACUAUGAUGACCUCACAACUGUGAUAUGGGCACAACCGGCAGCGAAGAAAUUCAAGUGGAGCUAUCCGACAGAGCUAUUCGAACGUUUGGAGACUGACAAUCUCUUCAUGAGAAGUUUUGAGUGGAACGGAAGAUUUCCGAAUGCCAUGGACGUCCUCAAGGUGGCUGUGAAGGCUCAUUGCAGACCUUCGUUCAGCCGCUUGCGCGACCUCACAUUUCUCAACCUGACUCUACCCGAAAAGGCCAAAGAGACAGACGUUAUCUCUGCGCAAAGCUUACUUGCCGGAGUGCUCAGUAGUGUGCCUGAGUUGCAGUUUCUAUCAUUGCGGAAUUGCGGCAUUGUUGACGAAGUCACUAUGCCAACGCUUCCGCCCGGACUCCUGCAUCUGGAGCUGGCAAAUUGUCCCGGUCUAACUUCUGACGCUCUGGAGGGCUAUUUGACGCGCGCCUCCAGUCUCCGAGUCCUCAAGCUUGACGGCAACCAGUCUAUGGAUUUGGGUUUCAUCGCAAACCUCCAAUCUCUGUGCCCUCAUUUGCAACACCUAGAGAUCGAUAUGCUUUAUAUCGAUCCGACUUCCUUCCGCGACCGCGAGCCGCUCUACGACGAGUUACUACCUAAUGGACCUCCUACUUGGCCCACCGACCUUGCUAGCAUCUCCAUUGAAAAUAUGCGUCAACUGACGCAAGACGACGCAGAAGAAUUUCUCGCUUCGCUGGUUGAGUCUUCUGAGCGUCUGCCGCACCUGAGGAGACUCAACAUCAAGGCGAUUUUGAAAGGCGCCAGCUGGCGCGACCGUGCAAGCUUCAGACAGAGGUGGCUGCCGAAGCUAGAGAAUGUCUUUCUCAAUACUGAAGAACCUUCCAAUGUCGGGAACAAGUUUUCGAAGAAGGCACCGUCUACAUCGCAGCGACAGAGUUCUCGGAUAGCAAAUGGCCACCUCAAAAAGCUCAGUCUCAGCGAUACCACCGACGAGAGCGACGCGCCCGCUGCGAAUGCAAUCCACGGCAGAUGUGACGUGGUAAACCUUGUGAUCUCAGACCAACGACCUGCCGAAACACAGUAUCACGAAAACGACUUCCUUGAUAGUGAACCGAGCGAUGACGGAGAGUGGCGCGGGGAUAGUCAGCAGGUUUUGUAG